AUGAAGCAAACAAACAAAGAUGUCUUCUCACAUGAAGAAUAUGCAAAAUAUUUCGAUCCAAGCAAAGCAGAUGAUACUCCAAUUCCGUCACCUUUAAAUUUCAAAUCUUAUGAUGAAUAUAGCAAAGAGUUAUCCAAGUGGUAUACUAACAAAACCAAAACAUAUGCAUCUGCGCUGCUCCCGAUCCCUAUUGCUGGUCAAAUUUACAUCCCAAGCGAACCUAAGAUAUUUACUCCCGAGGAGAAGCAAAAUCCUUCGAGAAUGAGAACAUUCAAGGCUCAGCAAUGGCCUCUGUUACCUAAAAACUAUGCAGAAAUGCUUGGAUACAUCGAAAAUAAUUCUGAAAUCGAUCCAGAAGCCGAAUUUAAAGAGCAGUAUCCAAAGAGAGAAAAGAUUUACAUGAAGCAUCACAUCAGCUCCUCGCCGCAAUGGAUGGAACAAAAAGUUCCUCAAGAACCGAUACCAGAGUUUUAUGAUACAUUGGAAGAAUACGAAGAAGCUUACAAACGCUGGGCAUCAGUUGCUGAUGACAUGUUUACCAUCUCAAUUCCUUCCGUUGAAGAAAUGGAAAAAAUUGCUUUAAUUGACGUAGUAAAACCAACAGAAACAUCUGAAAUGGUACCAGCGACAGAUAUACCUGAAAGUCCAUUGGAUCCUCGCAUUAUAGAACUCGCGAAAAAUACAAAAUUAACACAAUUCAAAUUAUUACCGAUUUUAGAAGAGAUUAAAGAGCCAUUACCCAAGAAACAAGAAUCAGAGUCCCUCGAGACAUACCAAAUUUUCGUUUACGGUGUAGAUCCCCAAGUUUUCCUCAAUGAUAUGAUAAACUACGGUUUGUAUAAGCCAACAACUUCUACAUUGAGGCCAUGCCAUCCUGUUCAUCCCCACGUAUUUAUUAAUGGCGACAAAUCAUUAGCAGAGCCUCUUCUUCUGUCAAGUGCUCCAAUUGACCAGAAUUUCAUUUCAGACAUCAUCAACAUCUUUGUUGCCGACAUUGUCGAACUCUUCUCUUACAACAAAGACGGCGUUCGUGCUUCAGAAGCAUUUUUCAAGUUUUUGUCAAAUGAAAAGAAUUUAGAAGAAUUCAUUGCAAGAUCAGAACUUUCGCAAAGAAUCAAAUACUCAUCAUCACAAUUCUUACUUAAUCUCGUUGAAAAUGUUGAAGAUUCACGACCUCUCACAGAUCUUUUAGAAAACAACCUUACGUUACUUCGAAAAUUCGUUAAACUUCUUACAGUUGCUUCUAACGAAGUCCAUUUUGUCUACACAGGUCUUGACGACAGUAACUCACCAUACAACCCUAUUUUGAAAGGUUAUCUUUUCUCCGUUAUCUUCGAGAUCUUCUCCAAAUGUACUAAUGCAUCUAUCUGUGACGUUUCACGUACAUUAUGUCAACGCUAUUGUGUUGAAAUUGCUAAACUUAUCAACGACGCAAACAUUCACAGUCGAAUCACAUCAGAUCUCAACUCAGACACUAUGAAUGAUGGUACACGUGCCGCACUUAUGAUUCUUAACCUUAGUUCACCACACGUCCACCGUAUUCUUUUCAGCCAUUCAUUUAUUUCAUGGAUCAACGACAUGUCUAAGUUCAAGAACGGCAUCAUCUUCAUCGAAACACUUUCAUACUCUAACGCACUUGAUGCCAUUGCAUUAAUGAUGCUUGGUCCACUUUGUGCUACUAUUGGUUCUAAACUUAAAGACCUUACAGAGCAGACAAGUUAUUGUCUUCGUCGUAUCCUUUACCAUCUUUUCUCUCUUUGCGAAAAAGUUCGUAUCACAUUCAACGGUACUAAUUUAGUUGAAAUCUUCGACACUCUUUCAUCACUUCAGAUCGAAUGUCUUUCUACACUUGUUGCUCCUAUUGCUAAGAUCAUUGUUUGCAAGUCUAUGAUUUCCAACUACAAAGACAACAUCCAGACAUUCCGCGAGACACUUCAAGCCUCAGUUACGAAACUUUGCCAGUCUGCUACCGAAUCAUCUAGCACACAGUUCCGUCAACAGCUUCAAGCACUUAAAAUUCUUUCUAUUGACACAAGUUGUGCUAAAAUCAUGAUCAAACACGAACCAUUUAUGAUCAAAGUAUUCGAGCACUUGACAAGCAAUGACAUGAACACUGUGUUUCUUUCAUGGGACUUCUUAGAACUUCUUUCUAAAGAUUCCGAAGCAUUUAAGAUGCUUCCCGACAAUGAAACAUACGUUAACAAGAUUUGUGAUUUCCCAUCUAAGUCCAGUUUAGUUACUGUUCGGAAACUUAUUGAGUUUUCAUUCAAGAUCUGGAACAGCCACGAUCCAACACUUACAUCAUCAUGGAACAAAGUUAUUUCGCGUGCUAUCAAACUUAUCUAUUCAUAUCAACACAUCUUUAAGAAUGACAAGCGUAUGAAAGAACUUAAUGAAGAGUUCUUCAGCUACAUCAGCAAAUCUAAGAAUCCCGACUUUAAGAACGUUAAAGAAGAGUUGAAGAAAGCAGAAGAAGACAGUCAAUCAUCAAAGAAGAAAUAA